GCCGUCAAUGCCAUCAACGCGAAUAUCUACAAACGCCAAACACCAACUGCCGGUCUUUUCUGUCAACUCAUCAUUCGGUUCCAUUUGUUCGUUAUUGAGGCCAGUCAGUCGGCUUGUAUAAAUGUUAAGCAGAAAAUGACGGACAAAAGCCAGCAUAUUUUGCCCAACACGCAACCAAUCGUUGAGUUGGAAUGUGCCACCGCAUUCAAGGCGCUCACCGAGAAGGAAAAGCUGUAUGCGCAUUAUUUUAGCCAGGCUUCCUGGACGGGGGGACUUAUUGCGUUGGUCCAAUCCAGUCCCGAAUCGCCGCUGAUUUUCUCCUUGCUACAUCGAAUCUUUCUGGCCGAACCGGUGGAGGACCUCAAAAAGGGUGCAUUGGAGGCGGGCGUCAGCGAAGAUGAUUUCACCGCCUUUCUGGUGUACGCUUGCGGUUUUCUGGCCAAUGCCGGAAACUACAAGGGCAUGGGCGAUAGCAAAAUUGUGCCUAAUUUAGAGUGCGAUAAGUUUGAACUGAUCGUGAAAUGCUCGAAAGCAUUCAAAGUGGACGGAGCGAUCGUUGGGGGCUUGUGGGAGAAAACAAAGGUUCCGAUUUUUCUGCUGACUGAACGCACCAAAACACUUGGCCUUUGUGAUGCGGGGGUAACCACAUAUUUCUCGUCCAAUGUGACACGCGAAGAUACCGAACUGAUAAGCGAGUGGAUGAAGGAGAACAAAUUCGAAGCGUACAUCUGUCGCACAUUCAAGACACUGGAGGAUGGUAAAAUUGUCUACAACAUCAAGCUAGCGUCAUCCGAGGAAGGGGACAAAGACAAUUUGACUAAAACUCCGGUGGAGUAUAAGAAUUGCAUUUUUAAGAUCACUCGAGGGGAUUACAAGGAACUGAUGCAGAAGGUGGCCGAACACCUGGGAGAGGCUAACAAGCACUCGGCGAAUGACAACCAGAGGCAGAUGAUUGAUAGCUAUAUUCUCAGCUUCACGCAGGGUAGCCUGGACGAGCACAAGACGGGUUCGCGCUAUUGGAUCAAAGAUAAGGGACCAGUCAUUGAGACAUACAUCGGAUUUAUCGAAACCUACCGCGAUCCCGUUGGACAGCGAGGCGAAUUCGAGGGGUUUGUCGCGAUGGUAAAUAAGGAAAUGUCGGCCAAAUUUGGAACACUGGUGAAGAACGCUGAAGACCUGAUUAAACUGCUGCCAUGGGGUGAGGAUUAUGAGAAGGAUAACUACCUGAAGCCGGAUUUCACCUCCCUUGAUAUUCUAACAUUCGCUGGUUCGGGUGUCCCGUGCGGUAUAAACAUUCCAAACUAUGAUGAAAUUCGCCAGGACGAAGGUUUCAAAAACGUCUCGCUAGGCAAUGUACUCGCCAACACCAAUAAAACAGAUACGAUCCCAUUCCUCUCGGAGGAAGAUCAAGCUCUGCUGAAAAAAUAUAAGGCAUCCGCCUUCGAAGUGCAAGUUGGCCUUCACGAGCUGUUAGGACACGGAAGUGGAAAGCUGCUGCGAGUCAACGAGAAGGGUGAGUUCAAUUUUGACAAGGAGAAAGUAAAGAGCCCGCUGGACGGGGAACCGAUCGCCAGCUGGUAUGAACCCGGGGAGACUUACGACUCGAAGUUCAAAUCGUUGGGAUCGAGCUACGAAGAGUGCCGGGCGGAGGCCGUUGGUCUGUAUUUGAGCUUGAACCGAGACAUCUUGAAGAUUUUCGGCCACACGAACGAGAAGGAAAUAGACGACAUCAUUUAUGUGAACUGGUUGCUGCUUGUUUGGGGUGGAGUUGGGGUCGCCAUGGAACUGUACAAUCCAUCCCAGAAAUCUUGGCUGCAGGCUCACUAUCAGGCGCGUUUCGUUAUAAUGAAGGUUCUGCUGGAAGCGGGCGAAGGUUUGGUUAGUGUGGAAGAAACGGAGCCCUCGAAAAAUCUGCUACUCAAGUUCGACCGCAACAAGAUUGAAACAGUUGGGAAGGAAGCCAUCAAGCAGUUCCUCCUCAAGUUGCAAUUCUAUAAGUCCACGGGAGAUAUCGUUGGUGCCACCAAAAUGUACAACCACUACUCGGAGGUCAACGAGGAGGGUCCAUAUCCGUGGGCCAAGUGGCGUGACAUUGUUCUGCUCCACAAGAAGCCACGGUUGAUUUUCGUCCAGUCGAACACAGAGCUGGAUGGAACGGGAGCCGUGCAGCUCAAGACGUACGAGUCGAAUUUCCAGGGCUACAUCAAAUCCUGGACGGACCGUUUCCCGAGCACCGAUAUUGAUGAAGUGCUGGAGCGAAUCCACGAGCAGGACAAAGAGUACUUCAAAGAUUUGUACUAAAAUAUCCGUUGACCGAUUUAAAAAAUAAAUAUCAAUUUGUAUUUAGUAUCAA